AUGCGCACUAAAGGGGAAACAGGUGCGCUGAAUUCUCUGGCACACCUGUAUACCGUACAGACCAGAGAAGACAUCAUUGUAAGAAUCGAGGAUCACUCUAAACCACGCUGAAUCAAUACUGGUCUCGCAAAAAAAAACAAGAUGCAGCCAAGAUGGAUCCUAGUUCCACUUCUCUGCGCAGGAUGGAGUUUAAUGAUCAUGACCGCGGAAGCAUUAGACCCAGUCUCGACCAGCCUGGGUGUUGGUGUUGCAUCUGCCUUAACCGGAUUUCUAGCUCGGUUUCCAGAUGUGCUGUGUAACUAUCAGGAGUGUUGCAGACCAGAGUGGAUCUCUUACAACAAAACAGGUCUUGAAGCAGAUCUGCAGAGCAAGCUGUUUGGCCAGCAUUUAGCAUCUCGUGUCAUCCUCAAAGCUGUGACCGGCUUUAUGAACAAUGAGAAUCCGAAGAAGCCCCUCGUCCUCUCAUUGCACGGUUGGACCGGCACAGGCAAAAACUUUGUCAGUCAGAUAAUCGCAAAUAACAUUUAUCAGAAUGGAAUGAAGAGCAGAUUUGUGCACUUGUUUGCUGCCACUGUACACUUCCCACAUGAAGCUGAGCUGAAACUGUACAAGUCCCAACUGCAGCAGUGGAUAAAGGGCAACGUUUCUGCCUGCCCACGGUCCAUGUUCAUAUUUGAUGAAAUGGAUCAGAUGAACCCGGGCCUGAUCGACAGCAUCAAACCCUACGUAGAUUAUUAUGAAACUCUAGACGGAGUCUCCUACCGCAAGGCCAUCUUUAUCUUUCUAAGUAACAUCGGUGGUAAAGAAAUCGUGCAGGUGGCACUGGAUUUUUGGAAAGCGGGAAGGGCUCGAGAAGAGAUUGAGCUGAAAGAUUUGGAGAAAGCCGUGUCACUGUCUGUUUUUAACAACAAGAACAGUGGGUUUUGGCACACAAGCCUAAUAGACAAGAACUUGGUGGACUUCUUUGUGCCCUUUCUCCCCCUGGAGCUCAAACACGUUGUGCAGUGCGGCCGAGCCGAGAUGAUCAGCAAGGGCCUGAAACCCAACGAAGAGGCUUUGGAGCAAAUGGCACGUGACAUGAGAUAUUUCCCUCAUGACGAGCGUGUCUUUGCAGAGCGGGGCUGCAAGGUUAUCUCCAGCAGGCUGAACUACUACAUUUAAAAAAGACGGAGAGACUCAAUGCUGUGUGUGCUGUCCCUGAAGAAGUGCAGUGGGUUCGGAGGGAACCGUAUCUGCCGUAUCCAAGCAGGAAGUCCACCUGAUCACUACUCUGAUGUCAUUCAUCACAUGUAGAAGGAAGGAGCAGGGUUUUUUUAAUUAAUUGCAAUGGUUUAUAAUAUUUCUGUUUUUAACAUGAAUCACUGAUAAAUGAUGCAGGCUUGACCUCUUGGAGAUUCAAGUCUCAUUAUUAAUCUGGUGACUGCAUGAAUAUGUUGAACCUUAAAUGGUCAAAAUUGUCAUGCACUAUUAAUGAACUAUAUACUUUUAGUUGUCUUCAUUUUUAUAUGUACAGUGUAUAUAUGUAUAACAUUUUUAAUGUCAAAAUCCUGCAAUACCUGUGUUACCUGUAAGUGCUGCUUUGCAUGUGUUCUCUCUCCCUUUUUGUUCUUUUGGUGUCUUGCUCUGUUGCCUCUGGCUCCCUGUGCUCUGCUGCAGGUGGACAAAUGGACCAAUCAAGAACAGGAAUCCAACCAUAGGGGGUGGAGCCUACUGUUUAUAAGCAGCCUAAGAAGCACUGGAGGGGAGAAAACGGCUUUGUUAGACUUUAGUGGUUUCCCCAUCUGUUGUUACCCCUGAAGUUGGUGGUGUGGAGAAUGCCUAUGCUGUUUCUGGGACUUCAGGUGCAAAGCAGGUUGAGGUCUGUGCCAAAGUGCACAUUGCACGUCUCCAAAUUGAGGCUCAAGAAAAGCCAGAGACACGUGAAACAGAGAUAGAGUUUAAGUUGGCAGUGAGCAAGAUGGAACUCGAGGUAGACCGGAAGGUUUGAAUACGGCGAGUGGACUUGGUAGAUCUCUUCAAUGAAUUGUACCUCCUGUAAGACCAAUCCCAAGGCCAUAUUCCAUUUAUAACACUCAGGUUGUUUUUGAGUGCAUAGCUAUAGUCCUAAAUUGGCCAAAAGAUGUCUGGUCCUCCUUGCGUCAUUGUAAGCUUGUAGGAAAAUCUCAGGAAGUGAGCUCAUCAUUAUCCCUGCAAGACAGUCUACAGUAUGCGCAAGUAAAAGCUGCUAUACUACAUGCUUAUGAGGUCUCUGAAGCCUACCAGCAAAGAUUCAGUAAUUUUAAGAAAGUGCCUACACAAACAUUUGUAGAGGUUGCAAGAGAGAAGGAGACCUUGUUGGACAAAUGGUGUGCUGCAAGUUAAGCUAAUGAUUUUGACUCUUUGUGGGAGCUGUUAUUGCUUGAAGAAUUUAAGAAUGGUCUACCUGAUCGUGUCGUGGUCUGCCUGAUCUGAAUGAGAGAGAGAGUAAGAAGGUGUUCUAACAGACCAAGAUGGAACCCCUUUUAGUAAAUGAUCAACCGUCAAAGGUGUAGCCUAGUCUGUAACAGUAACCUGAUGAGCUUGAUCUUAUUCUUUACUGGUGUUCAUGAGCUUUUCUUAAUCUAAACAGAAACCAGAGCUCAGGAGUGUGUGUGAGUCAGAUUGGUGACGGGCGAGGCAGCAGACCCAUCUUUUUUCUUCUUUUUUUUUUAACCCAUAUAAAACUUUUAAUAACUUAAAGUUUCUAAUUAAGGUUUUAAUGAUUCUAAGUCAUUAAUUUCUAAUUCUAUUUAAUUGAGUUGGAAUGUUAUAGCUGAUUAUUUCACCAGACUGUACUUCUGCCGCUGUGUGAGACAACACAAACGUUUAUUUAUUGUAAUAAAAACUCAGACUGUUUGUGCAGAAUUUUGAACAAGCGUUA